CAUACCGCAUUACAACAGCUGACUCGGCUUGGCGAGACGCUAAUAUUUCACUUUCUUCUUUCGUUCACAAACAAAAUGUCCAAGUUUAGUUGCAUUGUUGCAGCUUGUGAAAACCGAGGCAUCGGAAUUAAUGGAGACCUGCCGUGGAAGCUCAAGCAUGAAUUGAAGUACUUUUCCCGCAUGACGAAAAAAGUCCUUGACGCAGACAAACGAAACGCUGUCAUCAUGGGUAGAAAAACUUAUUUCGGCGUCCCGGAAACCAAAAGGCCAUUGCCGGAAAGGUUAAACAUCGUGCUCACCCGAAACUCUUCCAGUUAUACGUUUCCUUCGGAUGUGCUUGUGUGCAAAAGUCUCCAAGAGGCACUACAUAAGCUGGACACCACCGAUUAUGGGAAAGAUAUUGAGAAUAUUUGGAUCGUUGGUGGAAGCAGCGUGUACAAAGAAGCCAUGGAAUCCGCUCGUUGCCAUCGAGUGUAUUUGACGGAAAUCAAAAAGCAUUUUGAAUGCGAUGCGUUCUUCCCUGAGAUACCUAAAUCCUUUGCGAUCGUUGCUAACGACGAGGAUGUUCCUAGUGAGGUGCAGGAGGAGAACGGAAUUCCAUAUGAAUACAAAAUUUACGAGCAGAAACAUUAGGCAUCCUUAACGGUGUCGGCCACUCACAUUCCAC